AUGUACAUCAAUAAGAAACCAUUUGUUUGUAAGACCUGUGGUAAAGCCUUUUCUGUCAAAGGUAGUCUACAGACCUGUGGUAAAGCCUUUUCUGUCAAAGGUUAUCUACAGCGACAUAAAAGGGUGCAUUCUGGAGAAAAAACAUUUGUUUGUGAAAUCUGUAGUAAAGCCUUUUUUGUCAAAGGUGAUCUAGAAAAACAUGAAAGAAUACACACCGGUGAAAAACCAUUUGUUUGUAAGACCUGUGGUAAAGCCUUCUCUGACAUAGGUAAUCUACGUAGACAUACAAAGUUACACACCGGUGUUAAACCAUAUGUUUGUGAGACCUGCGGUAAAGCCUUUGCUGCCAAAUGUCAUCUACAGGGACAUGAAAGGGUGCACACUGGGGAAAAACCAUUUGUUUGUGAGACCUGUGGUAAAGCCUUUUCUGUCAAAGGAAAUCUACAGAUACAUAAAAGGGUGCAUACUGGAGAAAGACCAUUUGUCUGUGAAAUCUGUGGUAAAGCCUGUUCUGGCAAGGGUGAUCUCACUAGACAUGAAAGAGUGCACACCGGUGAAAAACCAUUUGUUUGCGAGACCUGUGGUAAAGCCUUUCGUAAGAAAUAUCAUCUAAAAAUGCAUGAAAGAAUACACAGCGGUGAGAAACCAUUUGUUUGUGAGACCUGUGGUAAAGCCUUUUCUGUUAAAAGUAGUCUAAGUGGACAUGAAAAAAUACACAGCGGUGUUAAACCAUAUGUUUGUGAGACCUGCGGUAAAGCCUUUUCUACCAAAUGUCAUCUACAGGGACAUGAAAGGGUGCACACCGGUGAAAAACCAUUUGCUUCCACCUACAAAUAUGGUGACUUAGCUGAUGUAGCAGGUCUGCUAGAUAUAUCUAGGUUAGAUGUUGACUGA